AUGCAGUACUUCUGGACCGAUUCUAAAAUCUGCUUGAGUUGGUUGAAGACAAGUCAGAAGCUCACGGCGUAUGUUGGUUCUCGUGUCAUGAAAAUUAAGGAGAAUGGUCAUGGAGAUGAUCUGUGGCAUUGGGUUCCAUCACAGCUGAACGUAGCUGAUUUGGCUACGAAGUCCUCCAAGUUUGGUUGUAUGCAGGAAUGGUUGAAAGGUGCAAACUUUCUGUAUCGGGAUAGUGUCCAUUGGCCGAACAAUGAACCGCUAGAGAUGUCCUCGUAUGAGUUGAUAAAUUUUCAUACCGAAGUGAUUGCUGAUGUUUCCUUGGAUCCGAUGUGUUGUACCGUGGUUGAAGUUGAGUUGGUUGACCUUCCCGAUAUUGAGAGGUUCUCUGAUUUCAAUCGCUUGAUUAGAUCUACUGCGUACUACCUGAAAAUGCGAAAGAUUUUAGCACUGCCAAAGUGUAAAAAGCCUAAAUGUUUGACAAUCUCCGUGAACGACAUGGAUGAAGCUAAGAGUGUCUGGUACAGGAAGGUACAGUCGCAAAUUUUCUGUGAAGAGUUGCGCAGUCUGAAGCAGACCGGAUUCGUGAAAAGCAAUAGUCGUUUGAAAACAUAUUCGCCGUUUCUGGAAAACGGAAUCAUCCGUAUGCGAGGUCGUGUGCAGGAUGAUGGAAAGUCGUUUGAAGUGAACAAUCCUGUGAUUCUUCCUAACAACCACCAGUUUUCAACUCUACUGAUUCGUAUGUACCAUAUCGCCAACGCACAUCAAGGAAUGGAGACCGUUGUUAACAAUAUCAAGGAACGGCACCGUAUCCUGAAGAUUCGCUCACAGGUAAAGAAGUACACGAUGUCCUGUGUCAAGUGUCGUGAGCUUAGAGCAAAACCGACCGUUCCGCUAAUGGGAAACCUACCACCGGAAAGAACAACCCCGUUCGUGUUCCCGUUUACAUACACGGGCAGCUGCAUAAUGGCCAUCCGCUGCUUCAUGUCCAUCCGUGGCUUACCACAGUGCUUCAUGACCGACAACGGUACCAACUUUACUGGUGCAGAUGCUGAACUGAAGAAACUGGUGAGAACUCUGGAUCAGCGGCAGAUUGAAGAUUCGCUGAGCAUUUACGCGGAUCGUUUCUGGCGCAGGUGGAUAGCCUCGUUCCGUCCGGAGUUGAUCAGAAGUCGCAAGUGGCCGGACAGCAGGAAUUACCACGAUUAUCACGUCGGUGAUCUAGUGAUGAUAGUGGACGAAUCGCUACACCGAGGAAGCUGGCCGAAAGGAGUUGUAGAGAAGAUCUACCAAGGACCGGAUGGAAAGGCAGUUCAGCAGGCCGAAUCGAUAAUGAUAGUCUUCCAGGUUAAGCUGGACUCCAUAACGGUCGAGAAGAUGGCAGCUGGCUUAGGCGAGAAGAUCAAAUGUAGGCUUAAGAAGGCCUCUGCUAGUAUCUAG